AUGCGGCUCCCAGUGUGGCAGCCAGUCACGCGAAACGAAACCAUCACUUGCUACGAUGAUUUGGGCAAUCCCAAAACGCACGGUCUAGAGCAGAGAUAUGUCAGUCCUACUACAGGAAUCUGUCGAAGGCUUGUCGUGCAAGCCGUCACUCCCUCCGGCAAAUUCGAAGUUUCCAUCAGAAACCAUGCCAAUCAUGCAAUCAAAAGCGCCAUAUGGCUAACCACUUCCCCCAUACGAGGGUGGCUCAUUUUUAAAUGGAUAGCCGUAUGGUUGUGGUUUACGUUGAGGCUCUUCUGGGCAGUCGUCUGGCUGCUCACACAGCUUUACACUCCCAUCUACAUGGACGAUUCCACUGAGGAUGAUGGGGACUUGUAUAACACUGGAUACUACAAAUCAUAUGCUCGCGGGUUCCAGGGUCAGCUGUGGGCAGCUCGUUCGCCUAUGGAGUAUUCUUCGCGCAUCCUCGAGGAAGGUGAGAUGGAUAUCCCUACCCAUUCCCUUUAUCCGCGACUUCUUAUUAUCCGCGACCCGAUCCGAAAUGAGUGGGUCCCAUGUGCAGAUCGUGAUACCAUCAUCCGUACUAAAUUCAUCGCCAUCUCUUACCGCGCCAUUGAUGCCUUCACUCGAGGCCCUGAUCAGGAGGCAGAAAAGGCUCAGUUCAUAGAGGAGAUUCGUGCAGCGGUGCUCGGACAGAAAUAUGAUGCGUACUGGCUCGACUUGGAGUGUGUAGGAGAGACACUGUCAGAGAAGAAUCUGGAUUUGUACUGCAUGGCAGACGUCUACCGUGGAGCAGAUGGCGAACGGGUGUGGACUAUGCCAGAAGCCCUCCUGAGCUCUGGCCUUUGCUACAAAUUCCGCGAUCGGGAAGCAGUUACGCCGUUGUCGCUGUUUGAGUUGGCCAACCUGGCCUAUACGGACUAUGAUAUCGAACAAGCUAUCGUCAAUGCAUACAGCGGGAAGGAUCCGCUUGAGAGGCUGGAGCACUUGACGCUGUUAAAAUCAGCUAUAUGGCGGCGCGGUACGGCGGCUCUAGCACCAGGUGCUGCUCCUCCCCUGCCAAAGCUGGAUAUGAUAGGCGACCUCGAGAAGUCUGUCACCAGUGGGGCAUACAAGGCUGAGCGUGUGUAUGCGCUGACGGGCUUUUUUGAGCACCGGAUUCACCCAAACCGCUCGGAGAACGAUCUACGCGCUCUUGUGAGGCUGUCAAUGACCAAUGACAAUGACCAUAUCGUUGAGCGCAUGAUAUCCAUGCUGCCCUCGACCAUUACCAAAACGGCGUGUUGGUAUUCUGAUGAUGAUAUCUACCGCGCUAACCUUUGGGACAUUAUACCGGAGAUCCAGGUCGCUGGUGUCACGGAGAAUGGAGCUCUUGUGAUUGAUGGGUGUCGGGCGGCAGCCAUCAGAUGGAAAGAUUUCCCGGAGGUUGCAUUUUCAACCACACGUUCAUUGAGGAGGACCAUCAUCGGUUUCAUUCCGUAUCUCUCAUGGCCAGCUCUUAUUAUCGGGCUAUGUAUCAUUAAGACUCAGAUCAGCCCGGGCGGCCUAGUGGGAGGCAUCGUGCUUAUCGUAAUCGGAAUCGUGCUCCUUAUCAUUUCCCAUCGGCUGUUCGUUUACAGUCAUUAUGGGCGUAUCGUCUGCGCACAACCAUGGUUCAUCGGAGUGAAAGGGGUCAUCAGCAUCAAAGAGGUGGAGCGGCACUUGUACGGUGGUGCCAAACGACACUUCCCAAGAAUGUAUUUAACGCCGACGGAUACUAGUGGACCAGAUGCGGGACACAUGUAUACGCUGAUAGACACGUUGUCGUCGACGAUGUACUAUUUCCGUGCAGAGCGACCGUCGACCGUGUGUAUAUUCGUCGGACGGGAGGGAGGGCUUGGGAGUUUUGUGCUUUGUUCGGAGAAGUGUGAUAUCAAUGAGCUGCAUAAGGAGAGCACACUCUGGGAGAUGGGGAACCUUCUAGUGGAAUCGUCGUCUGGUAAAGGGUUCUGUGGGCUAGUGAGCACUCAGUAA